AUGGGGGCUGGUGUCAUUCUUGAGCCGCUGGUAGUCGUCGUUCUACUCUUUGGAGGGAGCUGGAUCAAUCGACGUACAUCUGCCUUCACAUCCCAAAAUCACUUCCGGUGGACAUCCGACGAGACUAUGCGCUCGGAAUCUCCUGAUUCCCUGCAAUCAAAAUAUGCUAGUCCAACACCCAAGGAUGGACUAUUGAGCCCGCGCGCAGUUUCCCCAGUUUCCUCGAUUGGCAUCUUCGGCCUGUCAUUUCUUGUGACAUCUCCCAAUACAAUUGUCUUUGAAGAUCGAUUACUGAGCAGGCUACUUCGAAAGCUGCCGUUUCUGGUAGAGAAUUGGUAUUGGGCUUUAGUAUAUUGGACUUACCAGCUUGGUCGAGCCUUUACUGCUGUUACACUACAAGAAGGCACCGUCGAUGUAGCCCGUCGCCAUGCCCUACAGCUCGUCAAACUCGAAGAGAAGCUUGGGAUGUUUUGGGAGCUUCCGAUUCAGCGAUAUUUCCUCCGCCAUCCUUUAGCAAUGACCUGGAUCAACUGGAUCUACUCCUUUAUUCAUAUUCCCGGCACGAUCGCUUUUCUCGUCUGGCUCUACUACUAUACUAUCACCCGAAACCGAGUGGAUGAGCAUCAACUGGGGAAAACUGCAGGUACUGUAAGUGGGUCACCAGCUGGUCCUCUCCUGUAUCAAGCCCGACGACGAACAUUGGCCGUAUGCAACCUUUUGGCGUUUGUUGUUUUCACCCUGUGGCCGUGUAUGCCUCCACGACUGCUCAGUGAUCCGGCUGCGGAAGGAAUCGAGGCAGAACUGGGUCGAAGUUAUGGGUUCGUGGAUACUGUUCAUGGAACUAAGGGAGCGGGAAGUGUAUGGACUGAGAACCGCUUUUGUAAUCAAUAUGCUGCGAUGCCAUCCUUGCAUUUCGGGUAUUCCCUUAUGAUCGGUCUUACGAUAAUGACUAUCCCGCUUCCUUCGCUUCAUCAACGAGCGGUUCGCUUUCGCUUCAGCCACGGCAUCGGCCUCUGGUUACCAUCCUGGUACCACCUAGUCUGUUUAGUGCUCGGUUUCUUAUACCCCUUUGUCAUUUUGAUUGCUAUCGUGGCUACUGCGAAUCAUUUCAUCCUCGAUGCAGUUGCGGGUGCUUUGGUUUGCGCGUUGGGAUGGCGGUUCAAUGGGGUUUUGUUAAAUCUGCUUCCCCUAGAGGGUUAUUUUCUCUGUCUUGUCCGUAUCCACAAGCCGGAGCCCUCCGAGAACAACAUGCGCUAUAGCUCAAGGGACUGGGACAGUGACAAUUCUGACGAGAGAAACAAUGCGUUGUCUGCAUGA